CUUGACGACUGCUCUACAGUUUCGGCUCUGGUUGUAUUCCGCACGAAUGCUGUAAGAAUUACACCUCUGAGCUAAAGCACUCACAGCUUCAUCAGUGCCCUCCUCAUCCUCAUCAUGACCCGGAAGGUGUUCACCAACACGCGUGAGCGCUGGCGUCAGCACCACGUGAACGUGGCGUUUGCGGAGCUGCGGAAGCUGCUGCCCACGCACCCUCCUGAGAAGAAGCUGAGCAAGAACGAGAUCCUCCGUCUCGCCAUGCGCUACAUCGCCUUCCUGGGUGGCGUGCUGGAGCGGCAGUGCCCCGCCCCUGGUCCCGCCCCCGGCCCCGCCCCCUCGCCCGCAACUCUGCUAACCCUCAUCACAGGCAACGUGCAGAGCCUGCGCUCGGACCAGGCCUGGGCCAGCGACACCGAGCCACCCUCGCCUGCCUCCAGUAGCGACGGCGCGGACGCCUGGUAGAACUGCCAGCGUGCUGCCUUGCGUGGGAAAUCCAGACCCUCUGCUGUAAUCUCACAGGGGGAAUCUAGAACCUCUGCUGGAAAAUCUAGAGCCUCUUCGGUAAAUUCACAGAGGAACUCUAGAAUUUCACUGGGACUUUAAAGUUCUACAGCCAGGUUAUUUUCUAAUAUGUAGUCAUUAAUCGAAGAGUUAAUGUGACUGAGAAGCUUCUGUUUAAGCAUGUGGGACUCCUAGAUAAAGAGACGUGGAAAUUAUAGCAGGCUUAGACUGUAGCGUCCAAAGCAGGUCAGACACAGACGCCACUGCUGUUUAAUCCUGUCAGCCAUGAACACCUCAGUUUCCUUAAAGCAUGAUUAUUUGGUUUUCUCUCUGAGAUGAAUCCUCAAAGGUGAAGCUGGAGAUGGUGAAGAACUCCACUACAGCACAAUGGUUUGUUUGGACGCACCAGGAAACAUUUUACACUCAAUAUUUGUUGUUCCUUACUUAUCCUAUCUGUCCAUAUAAAUUUCUACGUAUUUUGUGGUAAUUAAAUGACCGAACAACAAUAUCAGCUGCUCAUUUUAGUCUGAAAAACUAUUUACUUAUUAUUAUUUAUUUCUCUUUGUUGUCUGAGGUUGUAAUAGUAACAAUGUAAAUGAUGCCUGAUUUUUGUGUAAAUGUUAAUUUAUUGAACAAAAAUAUUUAAUUUAUUGAAACAAAAAUGCUCUCUUAAUCUAAUGCUCAUUCAGUGAAUACAAAAUGUAGCCAAAGAUUAUUUAUAUUUGUGUUCAUUAAGCUCUUGUAAUGUAUCUAUCUGUUCUGGCCUACUUGGAAUGUAUUUAUUGAUUUAAUUUUUAUUUAAUUAAUUUUUGCUAUUAAAAUGUGAAC